CAAUGACACGCAGGUUAGUAUGUACUGUACCGUGUACUCGUUGACAUAAAGUUAGCUCUUAAUACAGGCAGAGUGUGAGCGCCGUCUUGUGCUAACCUGACAGAAAGUUGAUAUCGGAAAGUCUCGGUGGAGAGCAGCGCCGGAGCCCGGAAGCAGGGCGGGACCUCGGCUCUUUAUAAACAUGGCCGUCAAGUCCUUCGUAGCGUCAGGUACUGCGUUGGCUGAAUAGCUGGACUUUAAGGAAGUAACUGGCGGGGAUCUUAUGCAGUAACAGGUGUAAAGAAAAAUGUAGGCCACUAAGUGACGCAUUAAUCUAUUCUAGCGGUCAUAUAUCUGCGUGGAAGCGGUAGUGACAAACUUCAUUUAGUAGUUUGCGCUAGCUAGCUAAACGAGCUAACGCCGCCGUCUGAACGGUAACUUCUGUCAACUUUUUCCUGCCAGCCAGAAACUGUCUGCUUAUCGACAUGGAGGAGUGUCGUCGUUCACCCAGAAAGGCUCGAUGAAUAUUUCACACUCGGACGGCUUGGAUUAAGUCAGCGACGGCCUGAGCGAAACUUUCCUGGAUUUAUUUGUUUCCAUUGCUGGCAGGACCUAAGCACUUGUUCAUUUUCUGUUUGAAGACCAGUAACACUCCGGAAAUAAACAAUGUUUUCUGGCAAGCCCAUGAAACCAACCUUCAAGUGUUAUCUUCCUCCUGCGCAGAAUGACGUGAAGAACAAUAUUGAACCACCUGUUAAGUUGGAGCCCAAGUUCCUUCCAGGAGAGAUCAUCGUAAAUGAGGUGAAUUUUGUGAGGAAAUGCAUCGUCGGCACCGACAGCAGCCAGAGUGACCUCUGGGGGAGGUUGAUAUGCACCAACUUUAAGGUUUCUUUUAUUCCUCAAGAACCUCCGCCUAAGCAGAAAUCCCAGUUGUCCCACCUCCUACUUGGACAGCAAGACAUCUCCCUCACCUGCCUUGAUCAAGUAGUAACAGUUAAUGAUACAAGGGGGAAGAAGAAAGUCUUGGGUUCCAACCAAAAGCUGAAGUUCAACCCAAUGGAGCUUAUUCUGUACUGCAAAGACCUGCGUGUAAUACGAUUCUGCUUUGACGAGGCUGGGCCUGAGAGCGCCAAAAAAGUUUGCCUCGCCAUUGCCCAUUAUUCACAUCCAGCUGAUCUUCACCUGCUGUUUGGCUUUGAAUAUCAAGGACUAAGAUAUCACCAAUCUAAAGGGGACCUAGUCAAUGGCUCCAACCCAAAUGGAGGAAUCCAGACACCAAUGUUUGACCGCCCCUCUGACUGGGAUCGCGAGAUUAAGAGAACCGGGGCUUCGGAGUGGCGGGUUUGCUCCAUCAAUGAGAAAUAUGCCAUCUCUGAAAGUCUUCCGGAGUACAUUGUGGUCCCAGUUUCUUUGACAGAUCAGGAACUAAAGCAACUAUCAUCGUCGUUUAAUGAUGGCCGCGUGCCUCUGUGGUGCUGGAAUCACAGGAAUGGGAGUUCUCUUGUCCGCAUGGCGGGCCAAACAGAACCGCUGGCUCAGAGGAAAACUGAACUGAAGAUCUUCACAGCGAUCACUAAAAGCCAUCCGCAGCGGCGAGAAGUAACCUUUACAGAUCUGGACAGGAAUCUUCCCAACAUCCAGGAGAUCCAGAGUGCCUUCAUUAAAGCCAGACAGAUCUGCACUUUAGAUCCUUUUGAGGAAUCAGAAGAGAGAUGGCUUUCAUCCAUUGAAAAUUCACGAUGGCUGGAGUAUAUCAGGAUGUUUUUAAAAGUCUCAGCUGAGACGGUCUACAACUUGGAUGGGAAGAAUGCCUCUGUCGUCCUUCUUGAGGAAGAAGACCGAGACCUGAACUGUGUGGUGUCCUCCUUGGUGCAGCUCAUGUUGGACCCUCGCUAUCGCAGCCUGAAUGGAUUUCAGAGUUUGGUGCAGAAGGAGUGGGUGAUGGCCGGCCAUCGCUUCCUGGACAGAUGCAACCAUCUGAAGAAGAAUGACAAUAAGGAGUCUCCGUUGUUCACCUUGUUCCUGGACUGCGUGUGGCAGCUGACCAAUCAGUACCCGGCAGCAUUUGAGUUCACAGAGGCCUACCUGACUGUCCUGAGUGACAGCAUGUGGAUCCCUCUCUUCAGUACUUUCCUCUUCAAUUCUUCUAAACAGUGUACUCAGCUCUUACAGGACUUUGCGAAGAGCAAAGCCAUCCCUCCAGGAGAAAACCACGCAGCGUUCUUCCCUCCUGUGUGGAAAUGGUCACAGCAGUUCUCCACCAGGGAUCAAACCCUCUUCAAUAACCCCAUGUAUGUUGGGAAAGGAGCUGCCUGUGUUCAGAAUGGUGAGGUGAAAACCUUCCAACGCACAAAGAAAGCUUUCAGUUCUACGGUGCGAAUAUCAAGCACAUCACAGCGUAACGGCGUAAAGGGCGAGGAGGAGACGCUGCAGCGGCGGGCCUCUCUGGGGCUGAAGGCCGAAUUCUCUCCAGUGAAAGAUGAAAGCCCAUCAGAGCGAUUCUUCAGGGACUGGUUUUCUCGCCCUGCAGACCAGCAGGGAGUCCUGAUCCCCUACGUCCUGCCCUCCCACGUGGUUCUCUGGAAGUUGUUCUUCCUACGCUGGGUUCCUGAGGCCUGCAUCCCACACGGAGGCCCCGCCACCGUCUACCACAAGGUCUCCCUACUGGUUGAUGAAAUUGAGACCCUGCAGAACAAGCUCAGGCAGUACAAAGGUCCCAGUCCACACAGCACCCCCGUCCCGAGCCCAGGCGGACCCCCUUCUGCCCAACGGAGGAUGUAUUUCAAGGCCAGUUCUCCAGAUGACCCCCCAACUUCACCCAAUGUCCUUAACUCAUCUUUUCCUUUCAACCCUGUGGGAAACCUGUGCCGGCGAAGCGUUCCAGGGACUCCGAUUAGCAAAUUUCUGAAUGGAGCGAAGACCUGGCUCUCUACAGAGACUCUCGCUAACGACACUUUCUAAAAGAUUUCUGUAACAGCGGAUCACGUUACUUUCCAUGACCUUUUACUAAACUGUCCAUGCGUGUGCUGCUGACAAGUUAAAGAUAACCCUUUACAGUUUCUACAUUUACCAGAAUUUGCACCAUUGAUGCUGCUUUAAAGCUGAGGUUAUUCCUAAUUUGAGGUGUAAUUUGUUUGGGGAUUAAAUAAUUGAUUCUUAUAGGAAUAAAUUAGGAUCCUUUUAGAUGCAUCCUUCUUAUUGGCCAGUACUUUUUCUGCAAAGUCUGUGGAAAAAAACAACAAAAAAAACAAGCAUUUGUAUAAUAUGCAUAGGUUUUUCUUGAGCCUUUUAGUCCAGCAAAAAUAAAUGUGCCUUCUCAUAUCCAUAACUCUGAGUAAAAUUUUGAGAUUUAACUUCAUAAUAUACCUUUACCACAGAAUUUAAAGUUCCUCCUCCAGGCCUUGCAUAUAAUUUGCUGUGGGUUUUUAAAGCUAAAACAUAUUAAAGCAGAAUUAUAACUGUGCUUUUCUUAGUAGGAAAACAGAUGUGUGAAGUGAGAGAAUAUUCUUUUUUUAAUGCAGCAGCAGUGAUGCAAUUCUAUGAUCAUAGAUUCUAAUGUUCCCGCCUGUUUUAAUUUAUUAAAAACAUAAAAGAAAUCUGUCCCAGUUGAGAAGAAAUCAGCCCGGUGGUUAGAACAGAAACUAUUUAGAUGUAAUGGGAACUUGAAGCAGUUUGCUGUAAUGAUUUUAAUGGAUCUUUUGCAACAAAUGGUGUGGGAUCAGGGCCCGACUUUGAACAUGUUCAGACGUUGUUUUUGUACGUUGUGAGAACAAAAAUCUGUGAUAGACAUUUCCUCUUCUGCUUUGCAGGGGGUUUCUGGUAAAGGCACUGAGAGGAAACCCAGUGAGGGCAGCUGAACGACUGAACAAAUGACAGAAAAGGGACAAAUUCUUUGAGUCAGAUCAGUUUCUGGCAUUUUCAAGGCGUCUCGUUGACAUGAUCCAAGCUAGAAUAUCUUAACAAAAAUUGACAUUUCCUCCCGAAUUUGACAUUCCCAGCACAUGAAAUUCAUUGUGCAACUACAGCAAAAGUCUUAAGAGAAUUAAAUGCUUGUUUAGUUCAACAGAAAAUAUAUUCUUGAACAAGCUUUGAUCAUUAUCUGUAAAACAAUGGAAAACCAGAAACAAAAGGUUAUUCUAUUCUCACAAAUGAAAAAACUCAUCCUGUGAUUUCCUUCUUGCUUUAGACUGUAUACUCUUAACAUUAUGUCUCUUUAUUAGCAGCGGAUGAACGACACUUUGGAGACUCGCCCGUAGAAAUAAAUAGUUUAGUCUUUAUAAUAAGAAACCAGCACCGUCUAAAAUCUCAAAGGAAAUGGUAUUUAUUGCAAACCACUUGCCACCUUUUUAUUUUCUUCCAAAAGUGCAUUAACACUGCAUAACUAGAUUAACUGACGACAUACAGCAAUCUCUUCAUUCUUCAGCAAUAACUGGUUCAGGUGUUUCCUAUAAUGUUUUAUGUAAGUGCAAACCUGCUCUCCCAAAUGCAAUUUUUGCACUUUUUUCCCUCCCCCAGAAUAUAGAAUGGAGUGUUAUAAAGCAACUGUUGAGUACAAUUUUGGCAAAUAUUAUAAAUACUGUAUAUUUGAAAUAUUUCUGUUCAUUCUGAUUAAUGGUACUAAAUAACUCUUUAUUCUUGAUUUAGUCUUUAUAUUUUAAGGAGAUGUAUUUAUAUGCAGUUUUUUUCCACUACUUUACAUUGUUGCACUCUGCUGUAAUCGUAUGAUGAAGCAAAGCUUCAGGCACUGUUUCAGACGGAUGAUCAGCAGAUGGAUUUAUUCACUUAUGCAAAUGUUCUCAAAGAGGGACACAGUUACUUCUGCACACCCUUCGUGCCUUUCAUGAGGAAGAUUGACUGUUCUUUGUAACUAUAUUCUCACUCUGAGCUAAUUUUGUUUCUAACACUUGUGACUUAGCAGAGCUGUAAAUGUACUAGAGUUCAGGGGGUUUGCACUGAAGCUGUUUUUGCUAACGAAACAUGUAGCUCAAUUAUGUAUACCAGCAGCAAAUAAUUAUACUAGUUUUCAAAUGGAA